UACUAUGUGAACAUGGGUGAAUAUAAUUGAGUACAAUUAAGUUUAACAUAACUAGAAUUAUCGAUAGUGAUUUAGGUGUUCGUCACAUUUGAAAUGUAAACAAUUUUAUUUGUGAGAACAUGUGUUAAAAUAGUGCAAAUGGCUCAAGUAAUAAAUUCAAAAGAAUUAUUAUCAACAGCGCUUCAAAGCCGUAUUAUCCCCAACCAAGAAUUUUUAUUGCAAGGAUCUAUUUUAGAUUCGGCGGUUGAUCAUUUAAUACAUAGCCGAUCUUCAGAACGGGAAGGGAAAGGGUUUCUGGCGGUGAGGAAGAUAUUUCGGCGUCAAAUUAUCUGAAACCAAAAACCAAUGAAAUUUAGUAUUAUAACAGAUAAAUACAGAUUAAGAGGACUAUGUGAUACCGUAGAUGCAUCACCAGAACAGUUUCAUGAUUUGGAAGUAUGUUUAAGUCUAAGGCAGCCAACACAGACCGCUCCACUAAUGCUUCGUGUUCGUAGAGCUUUAGAUAGAGAUUCUCCAUUCCAAUUGCGAUACAUUGGUCAGCCUGAGUUAGAUAGAUCUCGCCCAACACUAGUUCGUUCUAGCAUAGAUGUUGGCUGCACAUCCACAAUUCUAGAUUUUCUUACAGAACUGGGUUGCAGAUUGGAUUUCGAAUACGUCAGUCGUGUUUUUUCAGGUUAUAUUUUUCGGAAAGGAAGAAUGAAAAUAACCGUGUCUAAAAUAAAGGCGGUUCCAGGAAAACAACAAGAAAUUGGUCCGGAUACGGUAUCUCAAAGUUAUCUAGUAGAACUUUCUGUUCUCGCUCCAAAUGGCCAAGAUUCCAUCGGAGAUGAAAUGCGUAUAUUUGCAGAGCAAUUGAAACCGUUGGUUCAGUUAGAAAAAAUUGAUUACAAGCGACUCGGAGGUUUACCAUGAAAAUGUGUUAAUGUAUAGAAAUAAUUAUCAUAUAUUUUUAGUUAAAUAAAAAUGUUAUCGCAUUGUUUUCUUGAUGCCUCACAAAGAAUA